UUCUUCCUGAUCCGGAGUCAGUUUCACUUUCCGUUCUCCCUGCUGAGAAGUCGGCGCUGGCCACCGCGAGAAGGAGGUCUCUCUCCACCUGGCUGUGAGUUGUCCUCCAAUCGGACCGGAAACGAAACUUCUCAACUUCUUACUGCGACAACACGACCCGAUCAGGUGUAAUUAUGGCCUCUGAAGUGACACCGGGAGUCGAUGUGAAAGAGGCCGAAGAACUGGCGCUCUCCCUGAGCGAAGCCCUCAACAGCGGGGACGAACAGGAAGCCGUCCAGCUUUGCCAGAGACUGUCCCAACUCUCCGUCCCGGUGACCGUCAGCGUCACCAGUAAGGCCUACCUCCAGGACUCCAUCAGGUUGCGGGUCGGAGUGGAGGACGGUCAGUCCGACGUCGCGAUCCCCGUGAUUGUUGUGGUUUCCUCCGGCAUGACAAUCGCACAACUUAAAGACAAGGUCAACCAGGAUUACGGGUUCCCGCCCCCGCUGCAGCGCUGGGUGAUCGGCAAGCGGCUGGCCGGCGACCAGGAGACGCUGCACAGCCACGGCGUCCGUCGGGAUGGAGACCAGGCGUUCCUCUUCAUCCCUUCUGCAAACACCACUCACCUCACACUGCGGCAACACAAGCAGGACGAGGAGCAGCAGCGCCUCGACGGCAUCAUCGAGGCCAUGCAGCUGUUGCCCAGAGGGCUGGGCAGAGGAGGAGGAGGAGGAGGUGGUGAGAAGACAGCUGCUCCUCCUGAUUCUCAACACUUUCUCCCCGCCCCUCCUCCUAAACCUGCGUUGCAGCCUAAACCUCAGUUGGGCUGGCCCUGCGCCGUCUGUACGUUCGUGAACAAACCGACGCGCCCCGGCUGUGAGAUGUGUGGAGGAGAUCGGCCAGAGGAUUAUCAGGUGCCGGACGUCUACCAGCCGGACAAGGAGGAGGUUCAUCGCCUCCGGCAGGAGACCCUGGCCACGUUGCAAUACGAACAGGCUCAGCAGGAGGAACGACAUAACAACUUCCUGCAUCUGUUGGCCACCGAAGAGCCGAGCCUUUUCCCCAACGCCACGGCGACCGACUGUCCGAUCUGCUUCUCUGCCAUCCCGGCCCAGCAGGGCGUCGUGCUCCGAGAGUGUCUGCACACCUUCUGCAGGGACUGUCUCAAAGCGACGAUAGUGAACAGUCAAGACGCCGAGGUGUCCUGUCCGGAGGCUUGUGACAGCAAGCUGCUGGACCGAGAGAUCAAUGCGCUGCUCACGGACGAGGAGCGCCAGCGCUUCCAGGACCUGCGUCUGAGCAUCGCAGAGAGCCGCUCGGAGCACAGCUUCCACUGCCAGACGCCCAACUGUCGAGGCUGGUGCAUCUACGAGGACGAGGUCAACCAAUUCCUCUGUGCCCUCUGCGACGAGACCAACUGCAUCCUCUGCAGGGCCAUCCACAAUGACAUGAACUGCAAGGACUACCAGGAUGACCUGCGCACACGAGCAAUGAACGACCAGGCGGCCCAGCAGACGGAGCAGAUGCUCGAGAGCCUCCUUAAGAACGGGGAGGCCAUGAAAUGCCCACGCUGUAACAUCGUCAUCCAGAAGAAAGACGGCUGCGACUGGAUCUGCUGUUUGAUGUGCAAGACGGAAGUCUGCUGGGUCACCAAGCAAGCUCGCUGGGGACCAAAUGGCAGCGGCGACACAUCUGGGGGCUGCAGAUGCCGAGUGAAUAACCAGCCGUGCCAUCCCAACUGCCAAAAUUGCCACUGAGGGAAGGGCAGUUAUGAAAAUGCAUAAGAAAAGCAUAUUUCGUGCGACUGUUUACCGAAUGGAGUGUUGGAGGCACGACGUCCCUCGUUGUGCCGUGUAAAUGCUCCGAGCUGAAGAACCGUCCAGCUGUGUCUUCCACAUCUCCGUGACUCUAGCCGUCGGUGUGAGGUGACCGGGAUCUUCUGAUAUACUUAUACUUUGUCGGUGUGAUAAAUUAAUACCUAAUAUAUAAAUUUGUUGACCUCCGGCUACUGCUUUCAUUACAAGUUUGAUGAGUCAGCAAUCAUAUUGCAACCGAUUUUUUACUUUGAUUAGAUUUAUUUAUUUACCAAAGGCUAAAACACACAUUUAGUAUACAAAAUUGCUUAUAAAAGCUUAUAAAAUAAUACAUAAUGAAUUAUGAAUUCACAUGAUUCUUUCGUCUGAAGUAUGGCAACAACUCAAACACCUGGGAAUAACUUUAAUUACAUUCAUCAUAUACAUACAGGUACAUAUUAUGGAAUCUGACCUGUGCAUUUAACCCAUCUGAAGUAUUGAGGUGCGCUGGCUGCUGUAAAGCACGUAAAGCACCUGGGGAUCAACCUGAGGCUCAGUGUCUCGCUCGAGGACACACAUCAGGGAUCAAACUUUUUAAUUUCUACCCGCUCUAUUGAAUGAGCCACAUCUGUAUUGUAGUCAUGUAUUCUGCACUUUUAACUGGGUUCUGAAGUGUUUGUCUCGUAUCCAUGAUGUUUGUUGGGCUCCACUUCCAUGUUAUUUUAAAGUGACAGGCCUCGGCUUUAAUAAACGGACACCAUUAGCA